GAUUAUUCAUCAACCCACACUUGGAGAGGUGGAAUCACAUAAAACCGAAUCGGUCUCAGUCAGCAGGCAGUUAGUGAUAUUCCAGAUUGAGUUGCGGGUCUGUUAUUCUAGUGAACAAGAUGUCUGCUAUAUUGUUGUUGUUUUUACUGCACAUCGCAACUAUUUAUCACCAGAGCCUGUUUUAUGUCUAAUUAUGUGUUUCAAGGGAUUCGAAUUGAAAACUGUGUCAUCUCAAUCAGAAAAAAUAUAUAAAAAAAUAGGGGGGAGAUCAACAACGUCACGCAGGACUACUGUUUCAGUCACAGUAAACAACUUUUAACCAUCGCCACCGCAAAUUGAUUGUAGGUCUGUAGUCUGCAAUUAUAUCGCCGCUACACCGCCAUCAUGCCUAGUCUGCGACAGUCUUACACCGUGACGGUGCCCGAGGAGUCACCGGCAUCCACUUUCCCCUUCCUAAAGACGGACCUGCGCAGGAAGAGUCCUCCAAUGUCGCGGUCAUUGUUGAUGUCCACAUUUGUGGGUCUGCUUAUCAAUCAAGCCAAGAACUCCAAGAAUCCUCAAGGCCUAGUGGGACUGAGAAACCUCGGCAACACAUGUUUCAUGAACUCGAUCCUGCAGUGUCUGAGCAACACUCCUGACCUGAGGGACUACUGUCUGAGGAACACACACCGCACUGAACUCAACAACAACUGCAGAGCCAAGGCUGCUCUCAUGGAGGAGUUUGCCAAACUCACUCAGACCCUAUGGACGUCAGUCAGCAGCGAGGCAAUCAGUCCCUCAGACUUCAAGACCCAGAUCCAGAGAUAUGCUCCCAAAUUUGUGGGAUACAAUCAGCAGGAUGCUCAGGAGUUCUUGCAUUUCCUAUUGGACGGCCUCCACAACGAGGUCAACAGGGUCACAGUGCGGCCCAGGCUCCCGUCCGAGGACAUUGACCACUUGCCUGACAAUGAGAAAGGGAAGAGAAUGUGGAACAAAUAUCUAGAGAGAGAGGACAGCAAAGUGGUUGAUCUGUUUGUGGGCCAGCUGAAGAGCUCUCUGACCUGCAGUGAGUGCGGUUACUGCUCCACUGUGUUCGAUCCAUUCUGGGACUUGUCACUACCCAUCGCUAAGAAAGGUUCAGGGGAGGUGAGUCUGACAGACUGCAUGCGACUCUUCACUAAAGAAGACAUACUGGAUGGAGAUGAGAAACCGACAUGCUACAGGUGUAAAACCAGGCGGAAAUGCACUAAGAAGUUCACCAUCCAGAAGUUCCCUCAAAUCCUUGUGCUUCACCUCAAGCGCUUCUCAGAGAACCGUGUUCGAACUAGUAAGCUCUCCACCUACGUCAACUUCCCCCUCAAAGAGUUGGACAUGAGAGAAUUUUGCUCUGAGAACAGCAUGAAUACAGUGUAUAAUCUCUAUGCCGUGUCCAACCACUCUGGGAAUACGCUGGGUGGCCACUACACAGCCUACUGCAGGAACCCAGCCCUUGGGGAGUGGUACAGUUACAAUGACUCCAGGGUGAGCUCCAUGUCAUCCAGCCAGGUCCGCAGCAGUGAUGCCUACGUGCUCUUCUAUGAGCUGGCCUCCUCUCAUUCACGCCUCUGACGCUACAUGUCAUGGACAUAUGGGCUACAUAAAGCCUGGCAGUCUGGUCAUAUGGAUGACAUAUGCAAUGAGCCUAUUAGGCCUGUGUCUGGGUCUGAUGGUUGAUGUUUGAGCCUUGCUCUGUGGACUGCAUACAGUAUACUAUAUGUUUAUACAGGAGCCCUUGGCACUAUGGAUUUAGCUUCAACACAUAGGCUGCACUGUACUGCCAGGAUACAGAGAUUGAGUUGUGGUUCAACCACCUUCCGGGGACAUUGGGAAGAGCAUUGGGACAAUGGGAAGGCCCUUUCCAGCUAAAAACAUGUCCUUUGAAUAUCAUGUGUGUGUGUGUGUGUGUGUGUGUGUGUGUGUGUGUGUGUGUGUGUGUGUGUGUGUGUGUGUGUGUGUGUGUGUGUGUGUGUGUGUGUGUGUGUGUGUGUGUGUGUGUGUGUGUGUGUGUGUGUGUGCGGUCACCAUGCAGACGGCGAAGAUGCCUCUCUAUGCACUACAACGAGGACUGUCUGACCCCAGUUGUCAUUCGUUUCAAGGUCACCACUGAGACGUGAAAGACUUUAUCACUCCGACCUUCCGUUCUGUAAAUGAUUCUAUUUAAAUUAGAUGUCAUCAUAUCUGUGACUUUGGUAAUGGGAUGACUCUCUAGCACCAUCUGUUGGUGUGCUGUGGUUGUAGGUUUUGCACAACCUCAUCUUCCUCCCGUUUCAAUAGGACUGUGUGUGUGUGCCUGCUGUGUGCAUGUGUGAAAGAGAGAGACAGAGAGAGCGGCCCCUCUCCAACUUCAAACUAGUGGUGGAGAUAUCAUGCCAUUGCAAACGAGAUUGAGAGAAACUACACCUCUAGCUAUGUUUUUAUGACUAAACGCGUAUUUUUGUAUUUAUAAAACAACAUGGUGAAUGUAACUGUACUGUUGUUCUAAUCAUUAAAAUAUCACUAUUUUUCAA